CGUCCCUCUCUCUCGUUCACCGACGUGUCAGUCCUCCUGUGUCCAGAGCUGAACUACACAUAGACCAACCAUUCCACAGACAUGCCUCCUAAAAGCAGUAACAAGCAGCAAUCAGAAGAAGACCUUUUACUUCAAGACUUCAGCAGAAACCUGUCAGCAAAGUCUACAGCUUUGUUUUACGGAAAUGCUCUCAUCGUUUCUGCUAUUCCCAUCUGGUUGUUUUGGAGGAUCUGGCACAUGGACCUUGUCCAGUCUGCGGUUCUGUAUGCUGUAAUGACUCUAGUCAGCACCUACCUGGUCGCUUUCGCCUAUAAGAACGUAAAAUUUGUUCUCAAACACAAAGUUGCCCAGAAACGUGAGGAUGCUGUUUCCAAGGAGGUGACCAGGAAGUUGUCUGAGGCAGACAACCGCAAGAUGUCCCGGAAGGAGAAAGACGAGAGGAUCCUGUGGAAGAAGAAUGAGGUUGCUGACUACGAGGCCACCACCUUCUCAAUCUUCUACAACAACACUCUGUUUCUAGUCCUCGUCAUUGUCGCCUCCUUCUUCUUGCUCAAGAACUUCAAUCCUACUGUCAACUACAUCCUGUCCAUCAGUGCCUCUUCAGGACUCAUUGCUCUGCUAUCCACAGGCUCCAAAUAAAAGGGGAAGAAAUUGGUCCAGAGUGGGAGGGAUGAGGGUUGGAUUUGGUAAACAGUCUAUUGGUUAUCACUUAGGUUAGGAAUUUGGUUUAUCACGGGUUUAAAAUAUCACAUUUCAGCUUCAUGUAAUUCAUGAUCAGAUGUCUGAAUGCUGUUUCUCCAGGUCUGUAUUGUUUUUUUUUAACUAAUAAAGCAACAAGGUAAACUUGU